AUGACUCAGAAGCGAGGAAGACCACCUGUACCAGAGCGAGGGCAAGACAUAAGAGAGGCUUUGAGUUUUGAUCCAAAAAAUCCAACAAUGCAACCUCAAGAGGAUGAGAAUCCUCUGCCAGCAGCGAGAGUUGUGCAGAAGAAGCCUCUCAAGAGCAGACCGCCUAUUCAUCCCUUUGAUAAGAGUCAUUCAACACCUGUUCUUCAUUCUUCACUGCCUCUGGGAUCCUCAGCCAGGUGCUCAUCACCAUCUCUGACCAUGGCUUCUGUAAACGUGCAGUCACCCGUAUCGCAUUCGACCGAGGUGUCAUCCCUGUCGCCGAGGGUCGUUCAGGUUCCUGCCAUUAGUACAAUGCCGAAACCUGGUGUUUUCCCUGUGAUAUCUUCAUCAGCAUCGGCUGCAAUUAUUGCAUCUGUCAAUACCUCACCUUCGAAAAUGAUGGCAGUUGAUGCCCAGUCCAGACUUGGGACUGGAGUCUCUUCUCCAAAUGUUACCAUGCAGAAUCAAACGAUACAGGGUCUCGUCAGACCACCAGUGACGGCACUGUUUGCAUCGCCAAAGAGCUCUUCGGUGAGCAACAAUCCUCACCUGGCAUCUGCCAUCGAAGGCAUAUCUGCGAUGUCGGCCACCAUGUCCCAGUUCACUUCUCCGAUCCCGACCACGAGCAGAGGAACGCCGACCGGAGGUCGGGUAUCCUCGACACGCAUCGCUUCUGUGGUCACGAAAGGUGGGGCGAGCAUGUUGGUCAUUGCGACCCCUUCGUCGACCGACCCGGCCGUAUGUACGUAUCACCUCUAUAUGGUGUCCCCUGGGCCUUGUAACAAGCAAGGGAAUGUAACUGGGCCCCAGACCUUGAAUAAAACCCCACUUCGAUCUGAACCAAGUAGUACCAGUUCUCAGCCUGAACUAAGUUGUACUAGCUCUCCAUCUGAACCAGUUAGUACUAGUUCUCAUUCUGAACCAAGCAAAAUCAGUUCUCAGGCUGAACCUACGUUAGAGACACGAGAAGUCCCAGAUGUUUGUUGUGAGCAGGAGAUUGUUACAUCAGAGAAUAAUACACAUGGCAAGAAUGUGGAUUUUGAGUCAUCACCGACGGAAAGUAUCUCAGUGCUCAAACGAAAGCAUGAUGCAGAAAUUCCAUGCUCUGACCAAGUCCAGAAACUUUCAGAAGAGGAAUCCAAUACCUCUUUGCCGGUUGCCAAGAAGAAACGUGUUAGUAGGAGACCUCAACCCAAAAUGGUACAGAGGAAGCCGAAGCAGGUACCACAGCCUGUGGGUUUGGUUUACAGCAUGGAGACUUCUGCAAGGCCCAUGAACCAAUCCAUGGUUGCAGGAAAAUCUCGUAAAAGGCAUGCAAUCACUGCCAUUGAGAAUAUUCCAGGAUCUAAGAAGCCUGGCUUUCAGCAUGGGGGUAAGCAUCAGAAACGCAGAAAGCCCAGAAGACAGGGUAAAAGAAAAUAUCAGUUGGCAUUAGUGCCUGACACACAUGGUGCAAAAGGGAAGGACACAGAAAAACGUGAUGUUUCAAGUGAGAAUUCUGGACAGGUAGCUACCUUCAAGCCUGAAGCAAGGCUCCCAAAGAAACCAGAAGAAGCCUCAGCCAACUGGAAGAAGUUGCUUCAGAUGCUACCCAAGCUUGAGCCAAAAACUGAUCAGAAGCCUGCAAAGUACUAUAUUGAGAAGCGCAGGAAGUUAGCAGAACUGAAGAAGAAGCGAAAAGAGGUUAAAGACUCAAAAGUUCGAAGGGUGAAACCAAAACAGGUCGAGGAAGUUUUUGGACGUCUGGGACUUGAAUCAAGUCCAAGGAACCUUCCACUUUGUGACUUGUGCCUACUACUGCUGAAGAAACCACACUCUUUCCAGGGGUUGACAAAAGUGAUAGCCAUGGACUGUGAAAUGGUGGGUGUAGGGGAAGAUGGUUCCGACAGCAUCAUUGCUCGUGUAUCUAUUGUGAAUCACUUUGGCCACUGCGUCUAUGACAAGUUUGUGAAACCAACUGAGAGAGUCACUGACUAUCGCACCAAAGUCAGUGGUGUCACCCCUGAACUUGCUGCCAAUGGAGAGGAGUUUGAGGUGGUGCAGAAAGAAGUGGCUGAGAUUCUGAAUGGCCGAAUCCUGGUUGGCCAUGCUCUCAAGCAUGACCUCAAUGUCCUCUUUCUGUCACAUCCCAGGAAGAAAUUAAGAGACACAUCAAGGUUCCGGCCCUUCCGUGCCCUCUUCAAUGGUAAGACCCCCAGCUUGAAGAAUCUCUGUGCUCAGCUCUUGGGGGUCACUGUGCAAGUUGGAGAGCACAGUUCGGUGCAAGAUGCCCAGGCAGCAAUGCGCUUGUAUACCAUGUACCGGAAGCAGUGGGAAAGCGAGAUGAAGGAGAUGAAAGUAGGGAUCAUAGCUGGGACAGGGCUUGCAAAUCUGGAUCUCUUGUCUGAGCCACAAGAAUGGCACGCCGACACCAUCUUUGGCAAGCCAAGUGACGUCCUCAUUCAUGGGAAGAUCAGUGGUGUGGACUGUGUUCUGCUCUCCAGGCAUGGUCGCAAGCAUUCCAUCAUGCCAAGCAACAUCAAUUUUCGUGCAAAUGUAUGGGCCCUGAAGGAGGCUGGCUGCACGCACAUACUUGUGUCCUCUGCAUGUGGUUCCCUACGGGAAGACUAUGCUCCUGGGGAUCUUGUCCUCUUCGACCAGUUCAUUGACAGGACAACAAUUCGCUCUGUCACGUUCUUUGAUGGGAGCCCCAUGAGCCCACCUGGAAUCUGCCACCUCCCAAUGGACACUCCAUUUUGCCCUCACACAAGAGAGUUGCUGAGGGAAGCAGCCCAAGACUUGGGUCUUAAAUGCCACUUAACAGGGACUGUUGUGACUGUUGAGGGACCACGAUUCUCCUCUAAGGCAGAGAGUCGCAUGUUCAGGGCAUGGGGUGGGGAUGUCAUCAAUAUGACCACCUUUCCUGAGGUGGUCCUAGCCAAGGAGGCUGGGUUGUGCUAUGCAGCCAUCGGGAUGGUGACCGAUUACGACUCGUGGCGGCAUGGGAGCAACGAUGUCCAUGUUGAUCUCAACAUGGUCAAGAGCACUCUUCAGCUGAGUGGGAAAAACCUCAUUGAGAUAUUGACUCAUGCUGUCCCAAAAGUGGCAGCAAAGGACUGGAAAUCCAUUAUUCAAGCCAACAAGUCGGAAUCUUCCUGUCUGCCUCUCAUGUCCCAUAUGGAAGAGCCAGUCGAAGAACUGGAGGACGACAUCUCCGUCGUCUUCGAGGACAAGUUCCCAAGUGACUACCUGUCAGAAUUGGAGGAGGUCUCGAGAAACGUCCGGGUUCCUGCCGACUUUGAGAGGGACACAAAUCCCUACUUCCAUCCGCCAGACUCAACCCAGGCCCAGGGAAAGGAAUGCAGUGAGAAAUCGGACAAGAAAUUCCUUUGGUCAUUGCAGGACAAGGUGAUAGCAACAGCUCUAACCAAGGAGAUUUUGGAAUCAGGUCUCCUGUUGAGAGAGGAUCAGGAAUUCUUGCAAGAGGUCUUGCACAUGUCUGACGCUUCCAAAACCCUUAUCCAUGAGUUGGUCAGCUGGAAAGAAGUAGGACUUGGAUUGCUCUUGGCCCUCUCCUGCGGAUGGGUGUUCGGUCCCAUGGUCUCUGCUGCGCUCGUCCUCCUUCCGGCUUCAGGCUAUGCCGGGUGGAGAUGGUGGACCCGAAAGUCCCUCAGAGACAGGUUCAGGGUCCAUCUGGCCGCUGUUCAGUCAGCCAACCGCAUCCUCCACAGCUGCCUCAUUUUCCUCCAGGAGAGAAUCUACAUUGCCAAGGGAUUCACUCUGUUGGUAGAUCGUCGUUGCACAGGAUCCUGGCUCACUGGUCUGGAUUCCUCAUCUCCCCAUUUCUGCACCAAUCUUCGGGAAGCAGUUCUCAAGGUCACUCUGAAGCUCCAGGAGACAUUUGCCACAAGCACCCAGAAGCUCAUUCAAGAGAUUCCACUCGUCUGUGGCCUCGAGAACCCCUGUGACUACUUGCACCUUUUGUUGUUGAAAAUGGAAGAUGCAGAUGGCCUGAAACUAACUAGGCUGAAGGUACUGUGCAGAUAUGAAGGAUUCUCAAUGAUGCUUGCACACCAAUCAGAGUUCUUUCGGCGUCUUGCCCUCUCUCUUCAAUCGCACCUUUGUGAAGCACAGAGACCAGUCCAGACCGUGUUAAAGGUGAUGGAAGCCUUUGACUAUGUGCAAGGGGCUGGAGAAGGAUUAGAGAGAAGCUUGCAGUUGCAGCGUGCAUCUCUGCGCUCAUCCACAAAGGAGAUCGCCCCUCAAGACCCUGAGGGCCCGCGAGACAGCUAUUUGAAACCCAAUGCACACGUGUUUGUACACAGUCUCACCUUGCAUCUGGAGGCUGCCCUUGCAAAAGCCCUAAAACUGGAAGAGGAUGUGGCUAGAGCUACAGGAGAUUUGGAUUCAGAAUUUGAAGAACUUCGUCUUGAACUCCUGGCAUGCUUGGACUGCCUCGAGGAAGGGAGGAAACAUGACAAGGGGAUGGAAGGCCUGCACCAACAUGGAAGUGAGAUGACAUCACCUGCAAUGUUUGAGAUGAAGGAAACCAAGUAUGUUCCUCUAGAACCAUAUGUGCCGGAAGAUCAGAUAUUCGAGGCUGAAGCCGAGGAUACUUUCAAUUUUGAUGAUGGAUCUGGCAAUGAGGAGAUCUUACUUCAGCGCAAGAUCCUCAAGGAAGAAUCCCAAAAUCUGUUGCGCGAGCUGAGGCACGUCCUGGUGUUCCGAGCAGCCGAAUGGAGGCAGAGGGAACUGCAAGUCUAUAACAAGAUGGGGAAGGUGCCAACGGAAGAGGAACCUUUGCAGGAUCCUCUUUGUGAAUGCGAAGAGGAACAUGAUCUUGAUGAGCAAUCUUGGGGUCACAAUCGGAUACAAUUUCAGGCAGCUGACAACGAAGAGUCUGAAAGUGGCAAUUCAUUCAUGGCGGGGAUGCUACCUGUGAACCCUCAUCGGUUGGCCCUAGACGCCGCAUUACUGUCUAAGAAUUUCAGUGUUGGUGAUUGCAACACAUUUGGAGAAGAGGACACCGAUUCCGAAUCCGAUCAAGAGAAGCUUGAUCCUGAUUCUUCCAGGGGUCUCUGGCAUCCCCCCCGCAUGAGUGCCAGACGCCUUCUCAUCAAGGUCAGCACAUGGGAGAAAUGGGGUCAAUAUUGGAAGGGCGUGCUUCAGGACUACAAAGACGUAGGAAAGGGUAUCGUUCUUGAGUCGAAGAAUCGUCCCUUGAAGACUGCCAUCUACGGUUUUGGUCUUGCUGCCGUAUGCUACACGAUACAUGCCAAUCCGAACAAGCAGCACUUCCAUGACAGGGUGAAGGAGGUAGCCAAUGAGAUUGCGACUCUUCCAGAGCACCUGCGCAAUCCACGGGCAGUAAAGCGUACGGAUUUCCUCGUGAAGGCACUGAGAGACGGAGAGGUCAGGGUCUUGAGCUUGGGCCUCUUCUCCCUCGCCUGGGUCGAUAACCACCAUCCAGACUGCGACCUGUACUGGGCACAGUGCCGCUUUCUGAGGCCGCGUUACGUCACCUUCCACGAGCGUGUCGUGGACGUGGGGUUCCUAGGUCGGUGGCUGGUGCUGGAGCAUUGGACUUCAGACUAUGAUAAUGGGAGUGAGAAGUCACUCUUUGUGACCGUCGGGACGACAUCUUUCGACCUCCUCGUUGCCACCGUCACCCAGAGCAACUUCCUGUCCCUUUUGUCACGCUUGGGGUACAAGAAACUCGUCUUGCAGAUCGGCCGAGGAACGUUCCAGCCCGACGUCAUGGUCUCGGGUCGGCUCAUGAUCGAGUGGUUCCGCCACAAGCCGUCGAUCGAGGCCGAGAUCCAAGCGGCUUCCCUGGUGAUAAGCCAUGCGGGUGCUGGCACGUGCCUCGAGGUCCUUGGUGCCCAGAAGCCUCACAUUGUAGUUGUCAAUGAAGAUCUAAUGGGAAAUCAUCAGAUGGAACUAGCUCAGAAGUUGUAUGAAGAAGGGCACCUCCUAUACUGCACAUGCGAGACUCUCCUCGACACUUUGCAAUCGGCAGACCUGUCUGCACUUCGACCCUUCCAUCGAGGAAGCCCGAGAGAAUUUGCAGAGUUCCUCGACACCAAGAUCGACUCGUUCUUUUGUGAUUGA